AAAUCACAAUCACCUCACCGACUCACCGCGUCGUCUCGUCUACACAGGUCUCGGACGGCUAAGCUACCGGCCCCCGCCCGGUCGCCUCCCGGUUUGGCGCUUCCCGCGCCCGUACCCCGUAGGCCGUAGCGAGGCGAAGCCGGCCAGCCAAGCCAACCCCGUCCCGCACUCAAGCACGCGCGCGCCGCCUCUUAUACCGCCUUCCCGCCUCCUACCCAGUAUAUCCCCCCGUGAGGGCCCUUGAUACGGCCGAGACCGACCGGGCCCCGAUCGUUCGACCCGGAGCAUAUGCGGCGAGACGCGGCCGCCGUUCCGACGGCGGCCGUCGCCUCGCCGCCGAUCUCGGUGGAGGCGGUGGUCAUCGACGUCGAGGGGGAUCCGGCGGUCCCCGCCGGCGCUGCGUGCCGGAUCUGCCACCUCGUCCCGGAGGGCGGCGUCGGGCCCGGGUCGGAGGUGAUCCGGAUCGGGUGCGGCUGCAAGGACGAGCUCGGCGCCGCGCACCGCCACUGCGCCGAGGCCUGGUUCAGGAUCAAGGGCGAUAGGCGCUGUGAGAUUUGUGGUUCAGAUGCCAAAAACAUUAUUGGGCUGGAAGUGAAAAAAUUCAUGGAAGAAUGGCAUGGUCCAAGACUGGCAAACACACGAACUACAACGCAGAGGGAAAGUACUUGUUGGAGAACGCAGCCUUUUUGUAAUUUCUUGCUAGCAUGCUUGCUGAUUGCUUUUAUGCUUCCCUGGUUUCUCCGUGUAAAUAUGUUCUGACUUUUAUGCCAUUAUUGGGUCAUGUAGAAUUUCAACUUGUUUUCUUGGCUACCAUCAAAAGGAUGAGUUGUGUAGAAAUGUAUAGGCAGAGUCACAACAUAGAUCCUUAAACAUAUACUUCAAAUCUCCCUUCGGAUCUCUCAUGCUCCCCUUUUUACUUGAAAUCUUUAAUCACCUUUGUAUAGUGUUGUUCAUUUGACUUAUCAUUCUUAGUUUGAUCAGGUAACCAUGUAAUCCCCUGUACUCAAUAUGGCAGGACUGACCCUUAGCCAUUUAAGUGAUUGCAGCACAAAAGCAAAAUAUUGGAAUUUCAUGUAAUGUUGCUUCGAAUUGCAUAUAGGUAAUUUAAAAAGUGGGAACAGCCCAAUAGAAGCAAGAAAUUAAUCAAUUAUAAGUUAAGACCACUUUGGCUGAGACAAUUGAGAGCAGGAACUUGCAUAAUCAAUAAGUGCUGGAGUGAUUACUGGCAUACAUGAAUAAUUCUGGAAAUAUAGGACUUUUUGACCAAUUUAAAAGUAUGGAACCUACUAAUUUAUUUCAGAUCAUGGGGCUCUGUUUUUUUAGAUUCAGAAAGUUUCAGCUGGGCUGUUUCAUACUUCAGCUUCUUUGUCGAUUAAUUACGGUUUUUUCUUUGUGCAUGAGCAUGUAGGUUGCAUCCAAAAUUUCAAAUAGAUGUAUGGAUUUGGGGAAAUUUGCAGGUAGCUUCACAAGCAAUCUAGGCAUCAGGAAUGACCUCUACUUCCGUAAUAAAUCAUUGCAAGUAGUAAUUCAAUGCUUGUCCAAAAGAGGCAGCUUUUUGUUCGUUGUGUUGAUGUCAUAAUUAUUAACAAGAUAUUGUCAUUGAAGAUGACAUGUUCUGGAUUUAUGCUUUGCUUUGCUUCAAUGGAUUGGUUUCUUUAUUCUAUCUCCAUUGCUGACAUUAGCAACAAGAUUAUUCAUGUUGUGAAGGUGAGGCAAUGUUAAUGUUAUGAUCCGAACCACUUGCCAAAAAGUUGGGACUCUGGUAAAUAUUUUAUGAAAACAAUAUAUAACUUCUUUUUUAUCUUGCGUAAGCUUGUUGACUGUGUUUAACCCCUUUUCUGGAUCAGGCUUUUAUUCUUAUGGUUUUAGUUGAACUAUGAAAUGAUAUUUACCCGGUGAACUAUGAAAUUGCAGGUUUCCGCCCUGUUUCUUGUCUCUACAUACACCAGGUACAUGCUUUUACCCUCAAUACCGCCUGAUUAUUCGUCUUAUGUCAUGAGUUCGUUACGAUGUUGAACUAGCAAUUUAUGUUAAAUAAAGAAGAAAAAAAUGGCUAAAUACCAAUCAUAAUUAAUUAGGAUACACAAAGUAUUGUUAAAUCCAUUCAAGAGAAGAGAUAAAACCUUGUAAAAUAUGCAUCGUUUACAUAUGUAACCCUAUAUAACUGAUGUAUUUUGUACGUAGUGAACAAUGAGUAGCAAAGACUCAAACAUUUACUUGGACAGUUGGUGCCAAUUGUUUGUACCUUGCAUUUGCAAUCUGAGAUAUGAUUUCCUAGAAUUCAAUUGUAUAUUGUUUAACAUUUUUUAAAAAAGAAAUGAAACUGAAUAAGUUAUGCAACUUUUUAAAGUACAAACAUAAGAGAUUUUGAUAACUUGAAACUAAUGAUUCCUCUAACUAAGAUUCCACAACAUAGAAUAAGAACCAUAUACUAGUAGGGCCUGCCCAGAGAAGUGCCCUGUGCUCUGACCUACUGAAUCAUGUGCCUAAUAUAUAUAUUUUUUCUCGAUGUCCCAUAUGAUGUAUGUUUUGCCUCUCCUUUUUUUUUAUUUAUUUUACAGUUUUUGCAGUGUUGAGCUGAGUCCUGGUCCUAACUGGAAUUAACUCAAUUAAGCAUUUCAUUUACAUCAGUACUACUAAUACAGAUUUGCUUUUUCAAAAGAACAGCGUAUAUCUCUAUUGGUUCGACUUCAACGGAUAAGAAUUUCGUUGAUUCGUAUUCUGUGGAGAUCACUUUAAUCCUGGAAGCUCGAUUUCCAUAUCCAAUGGUGGUUGGAUGGUAUGAGAGCAAUCAACUACCAUUUGUUUUUGUAGUACAGUUUCAUGUCGCCGUAACACCUGCAAUCAGAGAAAAGCAAGAUAGACUGUACAACUGAUCAGCUACUCUGCCUACUCAGCUGGCCACAAAAUGAUGGAUGUUUUGCGUUGCUCUUAUUGACGCGUGUAGUUUCCGAAAUUUUCUGGUUAGUGUAGUCUAGCUGGCAUGCUCUACCUAUUACGCCAUGCUUGUUAAUUUUUUUUUUAGAAAAUGAGAUAAACCCAGCCUUUGCAUCCAAUCGGCCCAAACGCCAUGCUUGUUAAUGGUCUUGGAAAGAGUUUUUCGUUGUGUCAGUAGUCUGUACGAGGAAAUAUUGUAGGCAUCUCAUGUUUUACAUUCUCUACUCGUACAUCAAAUGCUUUACUACAUGUCAUACUGAUUGUAAUUUUUCAUUUAAUUGAGGUCUUGUGUUCAACUUUC